AUGUACACUACAAGAAAUUAUCCUGCAGUUUACGCCCCCAUGAAUGGACGAACCCAGAUAAACAUCAUGCCAGCUGCGGACGUCCCCCGAGCCGUCGCGACCUUACUUCAGACGACGAAGCGGCUGCAGGAGAUGUUGGAGCUGUGGUCCACAUAUCAAGCAAACGAGUCGCAAGUGAGCGACGUGUACGUCCGCGUCGGGACAGAGUUCAAUGCUACAGUCACUGCAUUUGCGUACUAUUCUAUCGAUAUGAGCGAGCUUUACUAUAUUCCACAGGAGCUUCGCGGCGUACUCGAGAAUUGUUUGAGCGAAGAUGCUUCGCCACAGGUGCUCGCAAAGUAUAUGCCCCAGGUGCGACAGAUCCUAUUCAAUCUGCUGCAAGGGCUACGAAACAAGCAGCCUGCAUAUUGGAGGGCUGUGGGAGGCAACCAAGUGAUUGUCCCAUAA